AUAAAAAUGCGAAAACUUUCAAAACGUUUACUUGGGACAGUACACGUAGCCACGUCAUCUACACCCCCAGGAAGUCCAUUUUCGUUGGUAAAUCGUCAGUUUCUACUUUUACCAACGAUGGACAAGCUUAUGGGCGAAAUCUGCCGAGAAAAGCAGAUUGUCGAUAGAUGCAAGAUGUCAAUCGAUCGGAAAGAGCCAUAUGAUUUGAUUUCGAUGAAACAGCAAAUCGAGAUCUCAUUGUCAAAAAUCACCGCAAUGAAAAUGAGAUUGUUUCAUAUGCAAAACAACUCAGAAACCCACAACUCACCAUGCUCAAUCAAUCAACAAAUCCUCAACACCCAACUUCUUUGUCAUGGAGCUCGGAAAGUUAGAGAAAGCUUGAGAAAAGAUGAGUCGCCAAACGAGAAAGUGCUCAGAGAGACGGAGCAAACGAUUUUGGUGCUCAAUGAGAAGCUAGAUUUGCUAAGUAAUUGCUGCAGUCAGAAAGAAUCGAGCCUUACUCCAAUCAGUGUACGCAGAUCCAGAGGUGGCCCGUCAAAGACUAACAACUUUCCUGUAGCAGUUUCUGGUUUCUUAAAGAUCCGUGUAACUGGACUAGCUGAUCUGCCAAACAAUACAAAGCAUCGCUCCGGACGAUACGCUUCUGAGCAUUUUGCUCAGUUAAUUAAAAAGAAGAAGUCAAUGUUUGGGCGGCACGGAUUCCGACGUUAUCCAAAUCGAUCAUCAGCAGUCAACGACUAUAUUAUAGUCAUUCAUGUUGGUGGAAAAGAAGUCGCAACAAUGGUUUGGAAUGAGAAAAAGACGAUGGUUGGAGGUGAUGAAGAGACAAUUCAAUUGUUUAAGUCAAGGCAACUCGAUUUUGAAAUCUAUCACACUGAUAGUCGUUCAUUAUGUGCUAUUGGAUCAAUGCAAUUGGAAUCACUUCUUGAUGAACAUGAUGCAAAGUUUCCAUUUGCCACGUUUGCACAUAGAGUUGUGAAUUUGAUACCAGAAGGGACACUUCACUUUCAGACAACCUAUUCUGAUCCUGAACAGUCAAUGGAGAAGAAACUGGGAGAUACUUGUACGGAUGGAGUCUCCAAGUUAGCAGUCAGCAUGCGAAAGAGUGGAAGUGUUCUUGCAAGAGGUUCCAAAACAUUUUAUAGCCCAAGAACAGCGAUUUCACUGAAUCAAUUCGUGCCUCUAACCCCAUCUAUGAAGUCUCGUACAAGAAGAAUCGACUCAUUGGAUAGUUACAGACUGAUUUCGGAGAUUGGCGUUGGAGCAUUCGGAACUGUGAAACUUGGACAAAGGAUCCAUGACAAUAUGUAUUGUGCAAUUAAGAUCAUCGAAAAAGAUCCGAGAACACGAUCAUUUGAUACACCAGAACUUCAUAUCCUGAAGGUUCUUCAUCAUCCGUUCAUUUGCUCGUUGAUUGCCAGUUUCAUCGAAAAAGAUGCACUUUAUCUCGUUCUCGAGUUCUGUGAAGCCGGGGAUCUUCAUACUCACUUGUCAAGAACUGCUCACGGAUUCACAAAAAAACAAGUCACGUUCUUCGCUGCUUCAAUUGUUCUGGCAGUCGAAUACUUGCACGAAAAACUGUAUUGCCAUAGAGAUUUGAAGACAGAGAAUAUGAUGUUGACAAGAGAAGGUGUUCUGAAGAUUAUCGACUUUGGAUUGUGCAAGAGACUAUCAUCAAGAGAAGAUAAGAUGUGUGAUAUUGUUGGAACAACGACUCACUUGGCUGCAGAGAUAUUCAGACGAGAGCCGUAUGGAAUUUCAAUGGAUUGGUGGGCAGUUGGAGUCUCGUUGUAUCAGUUGAGAACACGUGAGCAACCAUUCUAUGGAACACGAGAAGUCGAAAUGGAGAAGAACUCGCGUGUUCGUGAAUGGCACAUUUUCAACGAUUUGCUCAUUGGGUUGAUGGCUAAUCAUCCAGAAGCUCGUCUUGGAUAUCACUCCACAGAAGAUGUCAAAAAGCAUCCAUUCUUCAUGGAUACUGAUUUUGAUGCAGUCCUCAACUCGGCAAUCCCACCACCAUACGUUCCUCUAUUGAAACCAGGACUGGAUCUGGAAUACUUUGAGCACCAAUACCAUAGCGAAUUUGACACAUCCUCCUCAUCCUUCACCUCGGUCAACUCAUUUCUCAACAGUGAUCUAACAAUUUGAUUUUUAAAUAACUAGAAAUUCUGCGAAAUAAUGUAUUUUGCAUGACAUGUAGCAUGAUUUUUGCUGGUGAAUAAAACCUGUAUCGUAU